UGCCGUAAUGUUUGAAGUAUGGAUGACACUAAUUGGAAGUUGCAUAUGACACCGCCUCUCUUUCUGGUCAUGUGACACUGGCAUCUCUCCAUCAUGUGGAACCCGCGCAGACAGGAUUCUGUUUCCACAUAUGAGGAAGUGGAGAGUCUGCACAGUCACCAGUGCACCACUUUCAACUCUCUAGAAGGGAGCAGCUGUCCAAGCAGGCUUGAAAGUGUUGGCGGAAGUUCUGCAGGAAGCCUUGAUCAUGCUCUACCUCCAAAUUAUGCCCAUCCACCAGCUUUCUCUGCCUAUCAGAAUGAUGCCCCUCUAAUUGACCCAAGACACCUGUCGUCUGGACUCCGGUCUCAAGGGUCAACAGACUCCUCAUCAAGGGCAACAUCAAACCUGAGCUACCCUCAGAGUCCUGCAGACCUUGGAACACCUAGUCCUCUUGAGGUAGCGCAUGAUGAUCCAAGAGUGGGAGACAUCAAAGACAAGUCAGGAAAUGUCAAUGCCAGUGUAGCAAACUGGGUUAAUCAAUCCUACAGUCAUACCCCUAAUUCAGAAAAGGGAGGUAGACACCUUUUGUCUCCUAAAGCAGAUACUGUCAAAUCAAACGGUCAGGGUGUCCGUGGUGACAGUAUAGAACGUUUGGAUGCAGAGGCUUCUCCAUUGACAUAUAGAAGUAUGUCUCCACUGCAGACAUUCACCAGGACUGCUAGCUUGGAUAGUGGCUUUCCUCACAUGGGACAAUCUGGGGGGUUUGGUAUGCCAUGGACACCUGCAGAGAAUAUGUUGAUGACCCUUGGAUUUGGCGCUGUAGACUUUGGGAUUCCAGAGCGAUUUAUGCAAUCUUGGCGAGAUAAUGUCAUCAAGAGGCGGAUUGGCGAGCUUAGCACAAUGCUUUCUGCACAACAUGGUCCUAGAGGGGCUCAUCCCCCACCACUAAGCAGACAAGCCUCUGAGGCUGACAGCCUAGAAGACUUUCGGAUUAACCCCAAGCCAAGGAUUUCACCACCAUCACCUAUCCAGGAACAAAGGGAGAGGGAGAAUCAAGCCAAUGCUGCUAAUGCACCUAAACCCAAAGUUGAGAUCAAGAAAAUAAGCCAGAUGCCAGUGCCAAGUGAGAAGCAAAAACAGUUAGAAAAGUUAAACUUGAUGAGAAGGAGAUUCAAGAAAGCAGCUACUGUUGGAAGUUUUAGUUCCCACCUUCUAAGACCCUCUUCUUCACAACCUAACAGUACUAGUGUAAGUCCAUGCAGUACUCCUGAACUUCAACGAAGACAGAGUGUGUCAUCUGGGAAGAAGCUUGUUCAUAUACAAGGUCCAAGAGGGACUGCUAAGGACAGGCGUAGGAAGUUUGUCAAUCGUCAGAGUUCCUUACCAAUCUCAUUAGAAACAUUGCCAGAGGAAGAUGAAGGCCAGCGAUCAAAACCACAGAGUAUUAGCGAUUCCUUCAUGGCCCAACGGUCAGUGAGCAUAGAUGUUGGCCAGGAUAAUGUGAAGGACAUACCUCCAGUGCCUCCACUCAAGAUAGUCACUGAGCAAGCCAGCUUAGAACUCUCAGAGGCUAUGUCUUAUGGAAUCUCUAAACAGGAAUCUAAAGAUGAGGCCAUUGCUGAUAUGAAUGGAAAUAAAAAGGAUUUGUUGAAUAUGGAACAGUACUUGAGUGUCAUCAAAACUAUGAUUGAUUCCAAAGACUCAGGGAUUGGGAAUGAUCCAUCUAAUGAUGGAAGUCCACAAAUGUCACCCCGCACUAGUGCCAGUGAAGAUGAUAACUCAAAUACUGUGAAGAGUGCUGAAGGUAUGAGGGGUACCACAGAGAAGGGAACAACACUGAAACACACAACAAUUGAAUCUAAGACCAGUGAGGAAAGAAUGGAGACAGGAUUUCAUGGGGAAGUAAUUAACACAGACAAGCACAUUGCUAUUGGUUAUCAAAAUAGUCCUUCUGGUAAUAAACAAUUUUCAAAUGAUGAUAAGAAUGCUUCAGAGACUUUGCAAGGUGAAGAGGCCCAUGCUACUCAUAGUGAACGCCAAAGUGCAGUUGUUUCUCAUCCUAUACCUGUUCGCAAGCCUUCUCAGAGACCAUCACUGACUGCUAUGACUGAAGCAUUUUGCCAAACUGUAGUCGAAGAAGAUGAAGAAGAGGACUGUAACAGUGUCUUUGAUACUGGCUCACAGAAGAAAAAGGUUGAUGCUUCAACCGUUAUAGAUAAGGAUGUUGGUGUCCAAACCAGUCCAGACUUGAUGUCCCCCCUCCUGUCCCCUCUCAUUGCUGGUCAGAGGUGUAAUAUCUCAUUUGAAAGUUCAUGCAGCAGUGAGAGGUCACAGGCAACAACAGAAUGGGAUGUCAAACCACAACUAGUACUCCCACCUGAUAGUAUGCAUGUGGAGGUUAAUAGUAACCAAGGAGCCAGUACAGAAGAUGAUGCAUCUUCUACUGGAACAGUUAACACCCAGAUAUCAGAACUUUCCUCCAGUUCUAAUUUUGAAUAUAUGUUUCAGCAUAAGCCAGUUACCAAGAAAAAAUCAAUACCUAACAAUGAGUCUGAAGAAGGAAGAAAUAUGGAAAUAGAUGCUAGAAUAGAGCAAACAGCCACAAGUUGUUCAUCCUUAAUUCCAGAAAAUAAUUAUUCAAGUGGUGAUUUAGAUAAAGACAGGCAGAUAACAGAAGAUAUUGUAAAGAGAAAAGAUUCUCAUACAAGCAAGGUCCCUCAAUCUGAAAGCAUGGAAUCUAAGAAGAUAUUUUAUAGUAAUCAAGACCAUCGGUCCUCAAGUGACAGCACAUUAUCGGACAAGAACUCAUUAUGCAAGGAGAAGGUGGGAGAUGUGAAUUUACAAACCGAACAUGAUACACCCAAGGUAGUGCCUGAUGAUGUAUAUUCUGGAGAGAAACCGAGGCCCACGCAAAGCUGUAACCUAUUUGAUGAUUUAAGAUACCCAAGCAAAGCUCAUAAUAUGCAGAAUCAGAGUUGUGACACAUCAUUGCCUUCUCAAGAGAACCAGAUGGAAGUGGCAAAACACGCAUUUGAAAUCACAAAGAGUGAUAGUGGUAGCAGUAUGUUUAGCACACACAUGAAAUCCAAUGUUUCCAAACGUGAACAGUCUGAUGAUGAUGAGGUUGAUAGUAUUGCUUCUCUUACAGGAUCAGAACUCUCUGUCCAAUCUCACGAUUUUGCUGUCCCACAACUCUCACAUGCAAGCAGUGGAAUUUUUCACUUCUUAAAACAGGAGCAGGAUAUUUCAGAAGCACCUAAAAUACGUGCCAAUGUUGUGAGUUCUGAUAUUGGUCGCCAGUAUGAAGCCCUUCUCAAAAGUGCUCUUGAAAAAGAAAGGGCUCGCAAACAUCUUACAGUGACAGAGACACUACAUCUUGCUAUGGUGAAACUUGAAAAAAUUGUGAAGGAACGGCGCUUGUGUAGGCACACUCAGCUCCAAGAUGGGGGAUCUUCUAAAAUUUCCUGUAAAUUUUGUGAUUCCAGGAAAAAUACCCCAGGCAAUGUCCAUAAGAGAUACUCUUUGAGACCAGAAGUAAGCCUUCAACCCAAACAAGUGACUGUUUUGAAACAGGAGCAGAAAUUACAUAAAAGUGUUGAAAGGACUCGAUCUGCUCCUAAUGAACUUAUUCAAAGGGCACCUAGUCAAGAGCAAACCCCUAAGAGGGGUACAGAAGCCAGGGUUAACUCUGUGUCAUCAGACUUUAAUGAUGCUGCCAUGAGUGUCACUGGGGACAAUCUCCUCAUCGAUCUGGACAAAGUAUCUGAAGAACUUCCUUCAGACAUAACUUUAACAGGAAUGACAGUUGCUGAUGUGAAGUCCAUACAAGCCUUUCAUGUUCUGCAUGAGAAUGAAAGUCUUUCACUUACUGAAGGAGAUGAGAAAGCAAAGAAAGAAAAGGAAGACUCAUCACAAAUGUUACUUCAGAGGCGGAGAAGCCUUUUUGCCAGAAACAGCAAGAGUGGAUCUAGACUUUUACUUGCUAAUGGAACAACCCAUCGAAACAGUAUCCUCUUCACCAAGGAAAGCACUCAAUCUAAGGAGUUUUUUGAACCACCAACAUUCCACUCUUCAGCCGACAACAAAAAUAUUUUUUCAACUGAAGAUGCACAAAAGCAGAUUGUACAGUCUGUAAAGACUGAGGGUGAAGCUCCAUUUUCCAAAGUAACAAAAGGUUUGAAGACUGGCAAAUCAUCUAGUCUUUCUUUGGAUGACUCCAAAGCUGGACAACUGACACCUUUCCAGGAGUUUGACAAACGGGCUAAGAGUAUGCAGAACCUCUCUAGUCAGAGCAGCAGCUUUUACAUAAUUGUCAAUCAGUGUAAUGAUUCAAAAUCCGCUGAUGGAGGAAGCACUGACAGUGAUAAAACAGGAUUUCCAAGCUUGAAUUGUCACCAAACUCCUGGUAGGAGUUCAAGUGAUAAGUCAAUGGACUGUUAUGUGAUGCCUCAAUCUUCUCCACGUAAAACACUCUCUGCUCAAAACUCCAAGAGAUCAUCUUCGCCAUUCUCUCCUACUUCUCUUUUAUCUUCACCGCAAUCCUCUAUCCUCAAAACCCCACCGAUCCCUGUGACUGAUGGUGUCGGAGAAUCACCAAUACCUCCUCAGCUAAUGAGACUCAGUCAAUCACCUACCGUCAAUCUGGCCUCUUCAACUCCAUCUGCUCAUACAAUGAUAGAACUUAGCACCCUUGACAUUCAGCCUGAUGAUGUAGAAGGGACUCAGCCACUUGCUAGUCUAACUCCGUCUAAAUUCCGCUCUGAGGUGUUCCUUCAGCUGCCGGACCAAACCAAUAGUGCCAACCAUUCUGUUAGAAGUGUCAGCCCAGUUUCAGUAAUCCUCACUCCAGUUUCCCCUCUACCAAGACUAGAAUACAUGCCAUCAUUUGAUGAACUCUGUGACAAAGCUCAGACAAUUAUCACUGAUAUAGAGGGCUUAGGUGAACCUACAGAGCAUGCUAUUGAGCAAGCGGUACCAAUAGAAGAUAGUAUCUUGUCAGUAAAGAAGGUAGAUGAUGACAAUAAUGAACUCCAACAUGAAGAAAAUGAAACAAGCAGUACUAAAGCAGGUCCUUCCCAAGGAGUUCAGCACAGAGAAGGGAACAUCCACCAUUCAGAGGAGCACAGGUUGCAACCAUCAUCCAAUGAACAUCCUGGUGUACGAAUUGUGGGUCAACCUCAGAUGAGUUCCACACCCCAUCCUAGUCACAGUGGUGGGGCAGGAUACAUGGAACAACAAAGACAUGCUGAGCAACAAGCAGUCCUGCAAAACAUGACGCAAUCAGAAAAUAGCCUCCGUACAAGCCUAGAAGUAAUGCAAGCCAGUUUGAAAGAACUCAAGACGAGAAAACAGGAUGCAGUGGAUGAAUUGAAGACACUUCAAGAAGCUGUGAAGAGGAAUAAAAGUGAUAUCCAACAGGCUGAGGAGAUGGCUAGGAUGAGUGUAGAGAAAGGAGAUGGACUCAGGUCUGAACUGAUGGUGCUAGAAUACCAACGAGACCAAGCAAGGAGAGAAUUAAAGGAUCUAGAGGAGGGUAUCACUGCAAGGAGGAAUCCUCAGGAUAAUACUAGGGGGUCUGACAGGGGUCAUAUAGGAUCCACUACUGGCCUUGCACAGAUUGGUCUAUCAGUAGAAGAGAUGCUUGGUGUGAUCCGUGAGCGAGAUGAUCUCCAGGCUAAGCUAGAGAAGGAUCAAGGCAAUCAUGUUUCUAAAGAGGAACAUGAGGAGGUAUUAAGGCAGCUUGAUCAAACCAAGCAGGAGCUAUUUGAGAACCAGAAAGCUUCAAGAACCAAAUUGGAGAAAUUACAAGAGGAUCUUGAGGAAGGAAGAGGGAAGAUUGAAAGCUUGAAGCUUAUUGAAUCUGAUCUGAAGAAGGAAUUAUCUGAAACCCAGGAAACCUUGAAGAACUCAGAGAAUGAUCAUCAAAAACAACUCUUGGAGAAAACUACUACUAUUGAGGAGUUGAAAGGCAAAGCAACCACAGAGACGGCAGACCUCCGACAUAAGCUCUCAGAAUCCACACAGCGUAUCACAACCUUAGAGAGCGCCCUCUUAGAUAAGGAUGUAGUGACGACUCGUAUGCAGGAACGGAUCAGAGGACAGGGACAAGAGGUUCUAGAGCUUACAAAUAAGGUUGAUGAACUUGAAAAGGAAAGGGAGAAGAAAGCUAGGAAGGCAGAGACUGUGAAGGAAGUAGCUCUUGUUGAACUUAGAGGAAAACUUCUGAAAGAGAAGGAUGAAGAACUGGAUCAGCAAAAGAAGAUGUUAGAGAAGACUCACCAAGAUAUAUUGAUCAAAGAACAGACACAAUCAACUGAGAGACUUACUAAACUGGAGAAAGAAAAUGAGGAGAAAGACUGUGAGUUGAAUGAGUUAAGAGAGAAGCUAUCACAGCAGGAGAUUUCUAAAAGAACAUUGGGAGAUCAGAUGAGAUUAGAAGCACAAGAACAGAUUCAAAAAGCCCUUGAGGAACAAAAAGCCAUCUUUGAGACAGAAUCAGAGAAAGAGAGACAAAGAGAAGCACUGGCCAAGGAGGAUGCAGUUGCCAUAGAAACCAAGCAUCUUAGAGAGGAGCUGAAAAGAGAAAAGCAGCUGAGAGAUACUCUAAAGACAAGCCAUAGUAAUAUGAAAGAGGAACUUGAAAAGUUGAGAGAUGAGAACUUAGGAGCUGGCAGAGAGAAGGUUGAAGCUGUCUCUAAGGCACGGGAGGAAGCUAGACAGGAAAUACAGAUACAACUAGAUCAGAUACGAGAUCAAAUGGCACAGGAGAAAACAAGAGAAACAGAAAAGCUGCAGCAAAAGCUCAAACAGCAAGAUGAUGAAUUGACCCAGCUAAGAACAGAGGUCAAAGGUUACCGUCAGAAACAACGGGAUUCAUCAUCCAGUCAGAGCAGUUUAGACCAGAGCUAUAGAAGCAUUGUUAUGGAACUAAAUGAAGAGUGUCGGAAAACAUCCAAUCUGGUGGGAUCAACACCCCGAAAAGUACCUCUGUUCAGCUCAAGAAAUAUGAAAGCAGACUCGCCAUCUCAGACCGGUUCUUCCAAACAAGCAUCCUUCAACAGUCCUGGUCGUACUCAGCUCAUGGCAGCUAUCUCAAACCUUAAAGCUACCAAUGAUGAUCUCAGGAACUAUAUCAAAUCAUUACGAGAUGACUUAGAGAAACAAAGGAGAGCUACCACAAGGGCAAACAGAGAAAAGGAUAAUGAAGUGAAGAAGCUUGUUGAAUCCAUGGGAAGAGAAAAGGCUCAAAUAUUUGAAGGUGAGAGAGACGUUGAGCUAGACCGGCUCCAGCGCUCCUUGGGGGUACUCCGGGACUCUGAGAAGACCCUCCAGCAGGAGCUAAUGAAUAAAGAUGAGGAACUACGUCAGAUUCAAUCCAAUAUGGCCGCCUGGAAGGAAGAGACUGCCCUCAAGAUGGCUAGGAAGUUUGAAGAUGAACUCAAUAAAGAGCUGGAAGUAAGAUUGGAGGAAUCGCACAGUGGGAGUGGGUCAUUCAAAGGAAGCCUUUCAGAUUCAAGAUUGAGGAACUCAGCACUUGGAACAUCUACCCCAUCAUCAUCUGUAGGAUCUGGUGAGACUGGUACUAACAAACUCCUACGUCAUCUCCAGGAUAGAGUUAAACAGCUAAGGAUUGAAAAUACCACUCUCAAACAAGCUAAUAGAUUGGACAACAGUUUUGAUGGAGGGGAUUCAAGCUUUCAGAAAAGCUUACAGCUUGAAGAGAAAGAUCAGCAGCUGUAUCGGUUAGAUCAGAAAGUCAAACUACUAGAGCGCCAGCUGUGGGUAGCUGAGGAGAGAUGCAGGGAAAAUGCUGCCCUCAUGAGUCAGAAAACAGCAGAGAAUGUCAGACUGGAAGGAGCCCUUACCCAACAAACCAAGGAGCUAAUGAGAGUGGAACGAGCUUACAAUAAACUUUCACACUCCACACCAACAUCACCUGUGCCUUAAAGAAUUUUCAGACAACUGCCUCCAAAGAAGAGAAAAACACUGAAGAACAAUGUUGCGUGUCAGAUAUCAGUGCUCAGCAAACCUGACUGUACAGUGUCCAGGAAGGACUCUUAAAGGGAAAGUUCACCCUGACGAAAAGUUUGUUGUAAAAAUAACAGAAAAAAUAAUAAACAAAUAUUUGUGAAGGUUUGAGGAAAAUACAUCAACGAUAAAGAAAGUUACUCAAACUUUAAUUUUUGGAUUUGUGACAUCAUGUAUCAGCAGCUGCCCCUUAUGUUAUGUAAUUUAAAUGCAUAAAUUUCAAUUUUUAGUGGUUCAUAAUGAUUUUUUUUUCCUUCGUAGGAGUGGGUGUGAAAUGAUGUUUCUAUUGAUGCACUGAAAGGUACUAUAAAACCCAUUUUAAAUUUUCUGAGAAAAUGACAUUUUAUUGAUUUUUCCCCUACGAUAUGCACAAAGUCUGAUCGCAUAUGAUAUCACAAAUGAAAUAAUUAAAAUUUGAAUCACUUUUUCUUCUUUGAUGGAUUUUCCUCAAACCUUUACGAAUAUUUUGUAAUAUUUCUUCUGCUAUUUUUUCGAUAAACUUUUUGUCUUGCCAUGACAGUUUGCAGGAAGCAACUUUCCAUAUUAUCUAUAUCAACUCAGUCAGGUUUUCCAGUGAUGUGUUUCAAGAAAUUUAUUUCCAAUUGAUUACAAAUAUCAGUCACAAAUAUGCAACUUAUAAACCAUAUGUCACAAGCAAAUCUAAUUGGCCGAUUUUUUAUGCAAGGAGUUGUCCUGCAAUCAAUUGCAAAUUUGUAUUUGAUUAUAAGAUUUCAAGUCAAUUGCAGUGACACCAUAACAUUAACUACGACACUGUUCUCAUUAUACUUUCUAAAACUGGUUUACUGGAAAUUGGUUCAGGAAACCAGUUUGGAAGAUCGCUUUGCUAACUUUCCCACUUGAUCACACGAAAGUGGUUUUCAAAACCACUUCACGAAAAGCGGUCUUGUUGCUAUGGGAACACUCUAAGUGGGGUGACAUGUUUAUCGCGAAAUUUGAAACCGAACGGUUGUGUCCUCAAUUACGCUAAAACCAGUUUAAUGAGGCAAAGCGAUCUUCAAAACUACAUAGCGAGGUGGCUUUCUGAACUGGUUUGGCAGAUCGCUUCGACCAUUUUUCAUUACACGUUAAAUUAAUUUCCACUUAGCUAGUUUCCAGUAAUCUAGUUUUAGGACAAUAGUGAGAACAGUGUCUACUAGUAUCAGGGAUCUUCUAUCUAGCAUAAUCCAGCAAUGUCCAAGUUAAUCCAUCCAAGUCAUACCUAGUUCAGUUUACUCCAAUAUAUGCUAAUGACCAGAAUGCUUUAUGCCUUCAACACUGUCAGCUAUUCAAUUCAGUAUUCCUCAGAAUAAUAUUCAAUAACUGUUCUUCAAAUAGUAGAACAAGCUUACAUACAUGUAUGUGGAAAAGCUGAACAAAGAAAACAUUUAUUUUUAUUGAAUUGAACAAUUUGUAGUGAAAUUGUAUAGAUUAAUACCUAUCUUUGAGUAGAGGAAUGCUAUAGAAUAUGGCAUAUCCUUCUAAGUUUAUAGAGUGAAGAAAUAUUCACAUAUAUGACUACAUUUGACAAGUGUUUUGUUUAAAUCCAAUGAAAUUGUAACUUUUUGUGUUUUCCUGUCUCUAUUCAUGAUAUCAUUAUUGUAAAAUCAAAGAUUUUCAACACAUUUGUUUCAUUUGCAUUAUCUGAAUGUUUUAAGGAUUUUUUUUUACCUUGGUUGUUCAACUUUCAUAGUUGAACUUGAUCUUUAUAAUGUUCAAAGUUGAUUUUAAUUUCAAAAGCUGUCUUUUAAUCUUACAAUUCAAACCAUUUGCACAAAAUGAACUUAUUUGUUAUUUAAAUCUCAUUUACUGUCAUACACAUAAAUGCUCUAAAAUGUAUGAAAAAAUUAAGUCAUGAAAACACUCAGUUUCUGACAUAAACUGCACUGCAAAUAAUGUAUUUAAAGGUCUGUAAAACUAUUGAAACUCUCUGUUUAUACUUUUGCUAGAACUUAUCAAAAAGGUUUGAAAGUGUAGCCAAUCAAAUGAGUCACUUGUAAAUGCUUUAUUUCUGCGCUAACAUUCACCUGAGUGCAAAAGUGCACCACAAAAAAGGCAUAAAAUGUGGUCUAUAUUCAUUCAUUAGACAUACAAACCGGGUAUUAGAUGAGCGUGGAUUCAUAUGCCCAUGCUAGAGGGCUAGGAAGCAAUGACUCUUAAGUUUGCACACACAAGGACACCCAUCAUUUUUUUGGAUACACUCUGAUAAUAAUGUUAUAAAAGAAGUUUACAGCCUAGCUUAAUUCUGGACUGUGUAAUUCUAAAUGUUCUGAUUUGCAACCAAUAUUUCUGCCAUAUAUUCAUAUUGUUGACCUGUUUUAUAAAACAAACAAUGCAUAGGUUUAACUUUGUGAUGUUGAUUGCUAUGCAGGCACCUUAAGUAAUGAGUAAAACUAUUCAGCAAGCAUUAUGCUUGCUUCACACUUUAUCAACACAAACACUCUUUUCUGAUUAUUUUUUUGAUAUUGUCAAAUUGAGAUGCUCAAUAAUAAUUUGAUUUUGAUAUGAGUUCAAUCCGUAUUCAUGAUAUGGGCAGUUUUUUUAUAUAGUUAUUUUGUUGAUGCAUCAAUGUAAUUAGCUUAUUUGUUUAUAAAUGACAUAUUGCUGUGUACUCUGGGAGUACCGGUAUUUAGGACAUAAAUUCUUAGGUAAUCCCUCGUCAAGUCAUAUAUGUCAACAAAAUUUGUCUAAUUAUCUAUUUCAAAAUAUAAUCUUGUAUAAAAAAAAAUAUGUUUGUACAUGUUUACUUGGAAGUCUGCCCUGUUGCCCAUGAUCAUAAAAUCACCACUUAGCUGGCAGAAGGGCAGUAGGUUACACAUUAGGGUAAUUUUCAAUUUAUAUGCAUCUGACAAAGGGCAGAAUGGAAAUUGACAUACAUGUACCUUAAAAUCUCAAUGAACAUCUGCCUGUCAGGCAACAGCAUAGAUAUUAUAAGUAUAGAUUUAUGAGUAAACAAAAUUUAAAAAUUUAACAAUUAUCAAUAUUUACAUUAUUUGAAGUCACAAAGUGCCAUGGAAAUACAUGAAACAACCCAAAGUUGAUCAAUGUGUAUAUUAAAGUGUGAUGAUGCUCUUUCAAAAAGGUUUGACUGACUGUUAAUGCUGUGCCUUUUCUAUGAUAUUUUUAGAAAAAAUAUGUGUAUUUUAGUUUUAUUCUCUUUCUGUUCUACAUUUUUAAAACUAUUUUAAGUUCAAAUAUAUGACAAUAUAUAUCAUAUUUACUAGCAUGUAUCGAUUGUGUAUACAAAUCUAUAGAUUCAAUCAUUUCCUAGCAAUCAUGGUCGAUUUAAAUAGUAUUCACCUUUUUCUUAAUUAAUUUAUUCUCAAAGACUUUUAAAUGUUUUAAAUCAGGUUGACAAAAUUCUUAGUCUGUACACAUGACAAAACACAGUAUGUAUAUUUUGUUUUUAUGUCAUUUUGUUCUUUCUGAAACAAAUUAAUAGUUUGUUUUUAUUAAAAGAUCAAAUCUUCAUUUUUUUUUAUGUUUUCAUUUAUAAUGUGUUUAUUUCAUACAACUUAAGAUGCCAUUGCUGUAUAUAGCACUGUUUGGUGCCUUUAUUUAUUACAGAAAUAUGUGUGUACCAUUAGUGUAUAAUCAUUGAAUACAUAUAAGAGGAUAUAAGAUUAUUUUAUUUCAUUAUUAGGAUGAUGACAAUCUUUGCCUUUGCAAAAUGAACAAAGUGUGCUAUGUAUUUAUAUGAGAUUUUUGGUUUAUUGAUUGAAAUAUAUCGAUCAUGAUGAUUUAAUUUGAUAAUCAAAUUUUUAAGAUAAUAAUUGUGUAUAUCUGUACAUUUUUAUAUGAUAAUAUCAUUUAUUUAAAGACAAUUGAUGUAGAAAUAUUACAUGAUUAUUUCACAAAAACUAUGUUAUUUGUGGUUAGUCAAUAAAUCACAGUGUAGCAUGUAUAAAGACUUUGAUUGACAACUAUGUGAUCAAAAUUGAUUGUGUGAUAUGAUGUUGAAUUUGAAAACAGACAUUCCCAUGUGUUCAUAGAGUAAUAAAUUGCCAGGAACAACAAUACAAAG